CACCAAACCUGCUUCAGCCGCUGCAGUCUCUUCGUUGGCAUGAGACUCGCACCGCUCCUCUCACUACACAGCCACGAUCCAUGGAAAUGAAAUCCCGUCACCAUGUACAAGUAUGACUCUGAUCUCCCAGAACGGCCCGUGUGGUUGCCGUGUCCGUGUGCAUGUCCUCUCCCAAGAUAUAAAAGUCGAGUGUGUGCCCCAUCGCCCGCCUGGUUUACAUUAGUACUCCACUGUCAUUCACGGUUGCACCGCCCACACAUUCACUUCACACAAGCCUAGUCUUCGUCAAACCGUCUUUGUUGUCCACCGCUACACCCCCAUGAUCGCAGCAUCGGCACCCAGGAGCAUCGCAGUCGUGGCAAGGAGAACACCCACAAAGCUCUCCAAGGCCCUCAACUACCCCACCUGUUCGGCAACGUGCAUUGGACUCCGGCCGUUUGUUGUGAUACAGCCAAUCCAGCCAUUAGCGAGUCGACGUGACUUCUCUUCGACCUCAUCCCAUCCCAAGAUCACAGAGUUCUUUCCAGCAAAGGAGACCGAGAGGGUCAGGAGGACGCCGGCAGCAUGGCCGCAUCCAAUCUAUACCGAAGAGCAAAUGAGGGCCGUCGAGGUCGCUCACCGGGAAGCAAAAACCUGGUCCGAUAAAGUUGCUCUGAGUGCAGUCAAGAUCCUGCGCUGGGGUCUCGACACUGCAACCGGAUACAAGCACAACAAACCCAUGACCGCGUACCAUUACCUCAAGAGGAAUCUCUUCCUUGAAAGCGUUGCAGGCGUACCGGGAAUGGUGGCGGGCAUGCUCAGGCAUCUACACAGCUUGCGCCGGAUGAAGAGGGACAAUGGAUGGAUCGAAAGUUUGCUCGAGGAGAGCUACAAUGAGCGAAUGCAUCUCCUUGUGUUCCUCAAGAUGAUGAAGCCAGGCCCCUUCAUGCGCCUGAUGGUGCUAGGAGCCCAAGGUAUCUGGUGCAAUGCCCUCUUCUUUGCAUACCUCCUCAGCCCUCGCACCGUGCACCGCUUCGUUGGAUACCUGGAAGAGGAAGCCGUCAUCACCUACACGCGGCAAAUCCAGGAUAUCGAUGCGGGACGUCUUCCCGAGUGGCAAAACUUGCAAGCCCCGCAGAUUGCCAUUGAUUAUUGGAAGAUGCCCGAGGGUCACCGCACUAUGAGGGACCUGUUACUCUACAUUCGCGCAGACGAGAGCAAGCACCGAGAAGUCAAUCACACCUUUGGCAACCUGGAUCAAAAGGAGGUACGCUGGCCGGUGGCCUACACGUAUUGAGUAUGAACUGAAACAAUCACCAGGAUCCCAACCCCUACGUCAGCCAGUACAAGGACGACAGCAAACCACAUCCCACCAAGGACCUCUCGUUUCAGAAACCCACGGGCUGGGAACGCGCCGACAUCAUCUAAGACGAUUCUCACGGUAUCCUGUCAUUUCUU